AUGUCAAAAACAGCACAUAAUACUGCGGUCAACUCCUUCAACUCAAAUCAUUCAUCAUAUGAUGUUUUCCGACCAUCAUUCAAUCCAAUUUUAGUAAAUCCUUUUCUUGUUGAUUUGGGACUAGCUGAAGUUAUAGGUGAUAAAUUUAAAUUUAAAACAGACAAGAAGAUAGUUGAAAUUGCUUGUGGGACUGGGAAAUUUACUAAAAACUUAAUAGAGAAUGGUUGGACAACCAAUUUAACAGUAAUUGAACCAUCAAGUGGAAUGUUAACAACAUUUCAAAAAAAUUUCCCACAAAUUAAAAAUGUUAUUCAAGCAUCAAGUUAUGAAAUUCCUUUACAAGAUAACUCAGUAGACGCAGUUAUAAUAGCUCAAGGUUUCCAUUGGUUUGCAGAUGAUGAAAGUUUAAAAGAAAUUAAUAGAAUUUUAAAACCAGGUUCUAAAUUAGGUUUAAUUUGGCAUUUUGAUUAUUGUUCACCUUCUCAAAAUUCAAAUGCUGAAGAUAGUAAAUUUUUUAAUGAUGGAAGUAGAUAUUUUAAUAGUUUUGAAAAAAUUGGAAAUAAUGAAAAAUUAUUUGAAAAAUUUUUUGCAAAUCAAAAAUGGAAUGAAGAAGUUACUAAAUAUAUUUAUGGUUUUGAUGUAAAUGUACCACAAUAUAGACAUGGUAAAUGGAGGAAAGUAUUAUUGGAGAGUAAAUAUUUCAAAAACGAUACCAAAGAUCUGUUUGCUUUGUAUGAUAGGUUGAUUAGUAAAGAAGAUGUUUGGAAAUAUUGGGAAACUAGAAGUUAUAUUACUGAUUUAUCUGAUGAAAAGAAAGAAGAAAUUAAAUAUAAAUUAUUUUCAAUUAUUGAUGCAAAUGUGAAUGAGAAUAGUUAUGAUCCAAACACAAAGUUAUUGAUCAAACCAAUGGUUCUUCAUGCAGUGGUCGUAACUGUAAAUAAGUGA